AUGGAAUAAUAAUAAAAUGAAUAGGUUCAAGCACCUAGAUUUGAAGAAGCUGUCUUUAAACUGACCACUUAAUUGAUGAAAACAUGCAAUCCUAAGACUUUAGAUAAGAAAUUCCUCAAAGACUUCAAAAUCAAACCCAGUGAGACACUUGUCAAUUUGAAUAAUACAAAAUUAGAUCCUUAAUCUCCAAAAACUAACAAGGCAUUGUAGGAUUUACACCUAUUUUCUAACUAAUUGGAAUUGCAAGAGAAAUAAGAGUUUAAAAAAAAUGGAGAAUCUUAAGAGUUAACAGACAAGAGAUACUGGUUGCACUAUUUCUAAGUCGCAUAAAUAAAAAAGUCUGUGAUUUUGCAAAGGAACAAGUAUAAAAGAGAAGAAUGGAUUGAAAAAUAGUAACGUCCCAAAUCGAUCUAAAAUCUGGAUCAAAGCAUGAAUAGCAGUAUCAAUAUUAGUGAAUAUGCGCCUUAUAAAAGUCCAACAGAAAUGAUCGAAAGUUGGAUAGAUAGUCAGGUGUAAUCUAGUGAUCGCCAAUUAUAAAAAUUCAACAAACUAUAAUAGAAAAGAAAAGAAUUAGAGGAAUAAAAUCAAGAAGAAUAAGAAAAGUACAAGGAGAAGCUUGAUUUAAUAUUGGAAAAAAAGAAAAAGAAUAGAUUAAACAAUUUAAAGCAGAAAUCAUAAAUUGCUAGAAAAGAUGUUUCUAAAAGCUUAGAAGUUUCCACUAAGAUGAAGACUGUUGUUCAGGAGCAAAAAUAUAAAAAUGCUCAAAUGAAAAAAUUAUAGACUGAAUAAAAUAUCGAAAAAGCAUAAAAGAGAGUUGACCAUAUUAAAUAAACAUAUGUAGAUGUAUUGGAAGAAAAAUAAAAGAUUUAUGAGGAAAAAUUACAUUAAGUUUUGAAAAAGAAGGAUGAAUAGGACAAUUAAUUAAUGCAACAGAGAUUAUAAGAAAUAUAAACAGAGAGAACACAUAAAUCAAUGAAAAACAACACAAAAUCUGAUCAAUGGUCGACAAAAUUGCCUUUGUUGAUUAGUAGAAGUGAAGCUUAAUUUUAAAAUGUUUAUAAUUCUAAUUUAGCGUCGGUUAUUGAAAAAUUUUAGAAGGAAGAGAAAAAGAAACUAAAAAUGCAUAAAUCAUAAGAAUUGGAAAAAGAACAAGUUGAAGAAAUUAAACAAAAAGAAGAAUAAUUUAAAAAGAGAUAUUCAGAUAAACUCAAAUAAUUUGAGAAUAAAAGAUAAAAAGUUGAAGAGAAAUUUGCAAAAAAAGAUUAAUAUUUAGCAGAACACUUAUAAAAAAAGAAGGAUGAUUUGGAAGAGAAAUUUGAUAAAAUUAGAGAAUUAAGCGCAGAAAAUGAAAAAAGAUUCGUAAACAUAAAAUAAUAAUAUAAUAAUAAAUGUGAUAAGCAAAUGGAUAAAGAAUCAAAGAAAUUUAAAUCAAAUAUGAGUCUCAUUAAAUAAAGAGAAUAAAUAAUUGAGUAGUUAAGAUAUAAACGAUUCUUAGAAAAGAAUAAACCUUUGAAUUUAGUUUAAGACACUACAUCAAAACAAAGUGAAAGCAAGCUUUAAGUAUGA